CGCGUACCCCCGCCCCAUCGUUGCCUAUAUAAACACCUGCUACGGAAUCCAACUGGCGGAAUCAACGAUUAACUGUGUCUUACGCGUUCCCUGCUUCAGUUCAACUUCAACGUUGUUCGAUUUCCUCCGAUCUGUGUCGCGUUUCCUUUUUAGGUCAAGGGGAAAUGGGUUCUGAAAAUGUUGCUAAAUUUGAGAGCCGGAAGGCUACUCCACGCUUGAAUGAGAGGAUUCUUUCGACUUUGUCAAGGAGAUCUGUUGCUGCUCAUCCUUGGCACGAUCUUGAGAUCGGUCCUGAAGCGCCUCGAAUCAUUAAUGUUGUGAUUGAGAUACCCAAAGGGUCUAAAGUGAAAUAUGAGCUUGACAAGAAAACUGGUUUGAUCAAGGUUGAUCGCGUAUUGUAUUCUUCAGUGGUCUAUCCUCAUAAUUACGGCUUCAUUCCCCGGACAUUAUGUGAAGACAAUGACCCAAUGGAUGUACUAGUCAUUAUGCAGGAGCCUGUUCUUCCAGGUUGUUUUCUUCGAGCCAGAGCAAUAGGCCUAAUGCCGAUGAUCGAUCAGGGAGAAAAAGACGACAAGAUCAUUGCAGUAUGCGCCGAUGAUCCUGAGUACAGAGACUUCACCGACAUUAGUCAGCUUCCUCCUCAUCGGCUGGCAGAGAUUCGUCGCUUCUUUGAAGACUACAAGAAGAAUGAGAACAAAGAGGUAGCUGUGAAUGAGUUCCUGCCUUCAUCUACUGCUGCUGAGGCCAUCCAAUACUCAAUGGACCUUUAUGCUGAGUACAUCUUGCACACUCUGAGGAGAUAAACAAAUCAAAGGGUGGAAAUUGGAAUCAUCUUCUACAAAGGGAUAUGUUAACUUUCCUUGCAUUGUUUACCUAAAAGAAACCUCUGUUCACUACAUUAUGCAAUUUUCGGACAUUCUUUCUUUGCUUGAGCGUUUAUUCUUUUUCUGUAGCUUUAUUUUGCAUGUUGCCCCCUAAACUUGGACAAAUUAGAUCUAUACACCCCCAUUGUUUGACAUUGCA